AUGUCGGAUACAGUCUCAACAGUAUUACCACAAGCCGUCGGGUAUGGCGUAGUUGUGGGAAUUGGCUUUUUCUUCACUUUCGUAAUGAUUGGGAUAUCAAUGCUCCAAAAUAAGUAUACCAACUUCUCAACGAAGACCAGCGAAGAGUUCAAUACUGCCAGUCGAAGUGUCAAACCCGGUCUGAUAGCAGCCGGUAUAGUCAGUGCUUGGACCUGGGCAGCCACCUUGUUGCAGAGCAGUACUGUAGCAUAUACGUAUGGGGUUGCAGGACCGUUCUGGUAUGCGGCAGGUGCAACUGUUCAGAUCUUGAUGUUCUCAAUCCUUGCUUGCAAGACUAAAAUGAACGCUCCCCGGUGCCAUACAUUUCUGGAAAUCAUUCAGGUUCGAUAUGGAACUUUGGCUCACAUAAUUUUCAUCUUCUUCGCAUUGGUGACCAAUAUCCUUGUCGGUUCCCAGCUCCUACUUGGCGGUUCCGCCGUAGUUACCAGCUUGACUGGAAUGAACGUUUAUGCCGCCAUCUUUUUAAUUCCUUUAGGAGUGGUUGCAUAUGUGCUUAUGGGUGGUCUGCGAGCGACCUUUCUUUGUGACUACUCUCACACACUGAUACUUAUGGUCAUCAUCUUGUACUUUAUGUUCCAGGUGUACGCUGGUGAUGAGCUCAUCGGGUCUCCAUCGAAGAUGUUUGACUUGUUGAAGAAAGCCGCGACUCUACGUCCAGUUGAAGGCAACCUAGAUGGAUCAUAUGUCACUCUCAAAUCGAACAAUGCACUCAUCUUCGGAAUUAUCCAGCUUUGCUCUGGUAGUGGGACCGUUUUUCUGGACCAGGCAUACUGGCAGCGUGCCAUUGCUUCAAGACCAACAACUGCUGUUCGUGCCUAUAUCCUUGGUGGUCUGGCAUGGUUUGCGAUUCCCUUUGGAUUUGCGACAACGCUUGGUCUAGCCGCAGUGGCUUUGACUGACAAUCCAGCAUUUCCUACAUACCCAAACGCUCCAUCAUCCAGUCAGAUUUCCGCUGGCCUUGCGUCAGCUUUUGCUGCGAGCGCCCUCCUAGGCAAAAGUGGAGCAGUUGCACUUCUAAUUACAUUAUUCAUGGCGGUAACGUCUUGCGCCUCGGCUGAACUUAUUGCUGUUUCCUCGAUCCUUACUUUUGAUAUCUACAAGACAUAUAUCAAACCCUCAGCUACCCCUGAAAACCUUAUCUUCGUGGCUCACGUCAAUGUCGCUGUGUUUGGUAUGACAAUGUCGAUCUUUGCCAUCAUCUGGAACGUCAUUGGAAUUGACCUGGGAUGGCUUUUUCUAGUCAUGGGUUUGUUGAUAGGGGGAGCAGUCUUUCCCACAGCCUUUGCAAUUACCUGGAAGAAACAGUCUAGAGCAGGUGCUAUUUCUGGCGCAGUGUGUGGACUGAUUGCUGGGUUGACAGCUUGGCUGGCUGAAGCAUAUGUCUACUACGGUGAAUUGACUCUGGAAAGUACGGGCUCUAACUACGCAACCCUUGCUGGCAAUCUCGCUGCAAUCAUGACUGGACUCAUUGUAUCUGUGGUCGUAUCUCUGAUAAAGCCUGACGAUUUCAACUGGGGUACCACUCGCGCGAUCAACGGCGGAGAUGUUCAUGAGGGACAAAAGCCAGAACCUCAGUCUACCGGAUCAAGCACUCCACAGAAUGAGAGCGAAAAAGAUUCCAAGGCAGAUGGAGAAACACCUUCUCCAGCACCAGCAACAGCCGCGAUCCAGACAUCAGAUGAGAAGUAUGUCGACACUAUCCGAGCAGACGAAGAACGACAAAUGUCCAUAGACGCUGCGACAGAACAAGACCCCAAGAGCCUACGUUCAGCCUUCAUCUUGGCCUGCGUCGCGAGUUUCGUCUUGACAUUUAUCAUGGACUUCCUCAUACCCAUCCCCAUGUUCCUGAGCCACUACAUCUUCUCCGAGCAUUUCUUCCUCGCUUGGGUGAUCAUCAGCUUUAUCUGGGUGUUUUCAUCAACCUUUGUCUCAGUGUUCCUGCCUAUCUGGGAGACAAGGAGUUUCUUCAAGCAGCUCUUCAGUCAGGUGGUCGGGGAUAUCAGGGGGACAAGGAAAGAAUAG